AUGCGUGAAGCCAUCACUCCUGAGAAGCGAGUCGGCAUUGCCCUAUACAAGCUGUGCUCGUCAGCAGAAGAUAGGACUGUGGCCAACCUCUUCGCCGUUGGACGCUCGACAGUAAACACCUUAUACAGGCAGUUUUGCGAGGCUGUUGUCACUGUACUGGAACACGAGUGGAUCAAAAUGGUGACCACAGAGGAAAUGGCGAGGCACAUUCAGGAAUUCGAGGCCGUCACCGGUUUCCGCCAAGGCGUCGGAGCCUUGGAUGGAUGCCACUUUCCGAUCUCGCCACCUAAGGAGCAUGCCACAGACUACUACAACUACAAAGGCUGGUAUAGUAUCAUCUUGCUGGCACUUGUGGAUCACAGAUACCGCUUCAGGUAUAUCAACGUUGGAGCACCUGGACGCUGCCAUGACUCGCACGUGUUUGGGUAUUCGCAAAUCUCCAAUGCUAUUAAGGGUCCCCUUUUUAAAGCUCCACUUGCCACCAUAGCCGAGACAUGUUUAAAUGAGGUGCAGCAGUCAGACGUUGACUUCCCGCAGCCGUCAUGCACAACAGAAGCUCUAGUUGGAAACGCAGCAGACAUAAGGGCCACGCUUGUGGACUACUACAGUCAAGUGAACUAA